AUGGUAGACGGCAGGCCGUUUGGCGUUGGGUGGGACAGAGACGCAGCGAUGGCGGCCGCCAUUCCUUCUUUUGCACCACUGUAUGGCUCAUGUCGUUGGGUUCGUUUUUCGCCUUGGUCCACACACCCUAUCUCUUUUUCUCCUCCUCUCUCUCUCUUUCAUCUCUGUUCGCCGCGCCAUCGCUUUCCCUCGCGUUAUUUUUUUUUGAAUUGGCGACCGCGGCAGUGCCCUCCCUGUAUUACCUCGACGUAUUUGUUGCUGAUUAAUAUGACGUGAUAUCGUUGUCCAGCAAGAAGAGGGCAGAAGACGUCGCCCGAACAUCAUGAUGGCGGACGAAGACGCCGUCGACGAGGUGAAGGUGUUCCGAAGCGAGGACACCGACGACGACACCAUCGCCGAGUCUUCGCAACAGCUCGCCGACGACAAGAAAGAUGUCGUCCUCGAGACAGAAAUGGAGGCUGGUCGGCCGCCUGUCAUUGGUCAGUUAUUUUGAACUUUUUAUGUUUUUUAUUCGUUCAUUUUUUACCUUUUCAUCUCUUAUUUCAUUUUCAAUUCCAACAGGAAAUCGUAGGCCUUCCAUUUUGAAAUUUCAAUUUGCACUUAAUAUAAGCAAAAAAUUUUUUUCCUUGUGUUUCAAGUCUUCGCUCCAUUUCAAAUUGUGGAAUUUUAUGGUUAUUUAAUAGAAACCAUAAAUUUUCAAUGAGAUUGAUAUAAAAAUACUCUUUUAUUGAAAUAUUUUGAGUCACUUUUUUUAACAAGUUUUUUUAAAUAUAAAAAUAUAGUUUUAUUCGUGUUUUUUUCCAUUUUCGCUAGUUCACAGUUCCGUACUUUUCUUUUCAUCUCCAUCCAUUUUUUUGAAAAUCAAUCUGAAAAAUUGCGGAAGGUUUCUUAGUUUUGUUGAUAUAUCUUUGCGUUUUUUAUCGACUUAUGAGCCAUGAAUGAUGGAAAAAAAAACGAAUGUGAACUUAAAAUUUGAAAAAAACGUAUUUUUUGCAUCGAUAAUUUCUGUAUGUCCCUCCAAAAACAAUUUUUGCUUCUCAACUAGACAAUUGAUUGAUAAACGGAACCGUUUUGUGCAGUAUGCGUCAUGAAAGAACACGUUGAUGCUGCCGCUCGGCGCCCCUGUUGUUUCAACCCCGUGCCUCACAUUGCCGUUUGAUAACAAUUGAUAAGAAUUGGGAGGUCCAAUAGAAACGGCCUUUUUCAAAGAGUUUUAUUAAGGAUUACCCAGGAAAACUUUCAAAUGUCAGAAAUACUUCGAAAUCAUUUUCGCUUCCGUUCUCAUUCAAAUUUUCGGCCCAAGUUUUCGGAAGAAGGACCCCAGGCGGUUGCUCAGCGAUACGCGCAGUGUGAUAAUGAGACAAUAUCGAGGCAAUUGCAUUGGGCCAAAAGCCUCGGCGAGAAGACAACAAUAUAUGUAACAAACGUUUAAGCAUCAGCUCGAGGUUUAGCGCGGUUUGAUUGGGUUGCACGGGUUAGGGAAAUAAAAUUGAACCGGCGAUAAAUCGCUUCAUUCCACGAUUUUACGGCAUCGCGCAUCGAUCGUUUCCGUGUACUUGGCGACGAUUCAAAUAGUCCAUGAGGGUUGAAAUCGUCUUUUCUUUGUAAGAAAAAUUUUUGUAUCAUUGAAACGGGAAAGUGUGUGAGGUGAAAAUUGCAGAUCUUACCAAAACUUCUGUGGUAGGUAGUCCUAGAUAUGAAAAUAACUAUCUGCUUAGGUACGGAAAAAGCUCAAAAAUUGAUUUUCUUCGGUUUUUCGAUUUCUAUAAAGUCUACUGUUAUUCCCUAUCACAUAACAAACACGAGAAAACAACUUUUUUUCACAAAAAAAGCGAAGAAAAUACGUUUUGAGCCUUUUCUGUGCAUUUUUGGCUACUUAUCAGUAUCCUAUGGCGUUUAGAAGAUGAAUUUUUUUUUCGAAUAAUCAUAUCUGAACUUACCUAAAAGCAGUUUGAACCAUAUCUACCAUGCUCACCUCACAAACUUCCCUCGUUAAAACCUAUUUCUACUAGUUUAUAUUUUUUAGGCUUUUUCGAUUCUUGGGUCAAAAAGGCUCUCGUUUCAUAGGAAAUUUCUCUAGGUCAAGCUCGUGAUCUGUGUGAAAAAUCCUCGACGAUUAGCGAUUCAUAGUCUUUUAUGAAUUAAUGCGACGAUCCGUUGUUUGAUGGUUCUCGAGUGGGAGAUUGUAUCGCGUGCUGCCAAUGGCAAACAGCCGGGCGUAAGUAGAAGUAAUUGGGACGUUGGUGCUCUUGCGCAACCUCUCUGAAAGAUCAGUGCUAAUCCCUCGACACCACUAUCUUGAGAUUGCAGGUCCUUUGGCUUUCUUCGGACCUUCUUCAUGGGAAAAGAUGGAAUUAUUACGUUUUUGGUUUAAGAAAGACGUUUUUUGUGGUCAUGAUUCUUGUCAAAAAUUUGGUCAUCAGUAGAAAUUUUUUUUUCUUCUAAUUCUUUCGGAAGGAGUUUCAAAGUGUUUCUCACAUAUGAAUUAUUCUUGCAAAUGAAAAAAAAAAAUAAAAACAAUGGUUUACAGGGUCGAAAGGAGGCGCCUUCGUGAAGCCGUCGCCGUCGUUCCAGAACAUGGCAGCGGGGCUGGCCGCCGGCGGCUUCAGUCCGAGCUAUCCAUUUCCCAUGCUCAUGCCCUGGUUCAUGGUAUGUUUUUCAAAAAGUUUUCUCGAAAAAGAUGACAAAUGAGGCGGUUAGAUGAACCUAUAGACACCUGGAUACUAUAGAAAAACUCGGAGCUUAGAAAAAUUUUAUUAAAUCUUUCAUAAAAAUCUUUUGAAGUCAACUUUUCGGACCUUGGUAACGCUAGACGUGUCGUAUCAUUUCUAGUGACCACUUCAGUAGCCUAGGCGCUCUUAAGUGAUCCCUAGAAAUGGCCAGAAACGUCCGGUGUGCGUUACCGAGGUCCGAGCUAUAACAGUUGCGUGAAUUUUCGCUCUACUGACAAAGCCCGCGAAAAUGAAGAUUCAAAUGCUUUAACCUGGAGUUCAAAGAAUUUUUUCCCUUUUCGAAUUAGACGUCGUUAUAGUAGCUCUUAGAAAUGUCAAAGCAUUUUUUUGAAUCCGUUAAAAUUUUUUCCUUUUCAUUUUUACGAAAGACUAUUUGCCAUUUAAAAUUAUCCUUCACUCUAUUUUUUGUGUGAAAUCUACAAGCUUCUCUCUUUUUUCAAAUAUCCACCAAGGUAGGAUUUCUGUAGCCGGAACCUAUAUUGCUAUUCUUAAAGAGGCGUUAGACACGGUCACCCUUUGCCUCUACAAUUAGCGGUAGAUUGGCCUCAGGGUGAAUCUCGAGACCAAUUGACAGAAGCGCCGAAAAAGGAAACCCGGGACUAGGACAAGACAAUCUUCGCUCGGCAUGUCAUGUAUUCUGAAGAAGAACACAGAGCGCAUGGUCGAUUUGUUCAUAUCCCAUUCGAUUUUUCGGUCCGCAAGAAAUUUCGGCUCAAUUGUCGAGCGGCACAACUCUUGACACACAAGAUGGGCGGCGAACACGCGAGACCAGCUAAUUGUUCUCCGGAUUACUGUAAUUGAGCAAGGCGAGCAUUGUGUGUAGGCGCGCAGAUCUGGUAGAUGUACGGUUGAGGGGGUGAAUGGUGAUGUAAUAACUGGGUUCGCAGAGAAAAGCUUCAUUAAUUGCCUCUUUCUUCUGAAAGUGUCAGAUUAUCUUGUCUUUCGGUCGAGAGCGGUGAUGGAAUUGAGUGAAAAUUUCAUUCUUGGAUAAUUUGUCAGGUCAUGGCUUUAGAUAAGCUUUUAUAAUGAGUUUAAAAUCGACCAGGUGGAUCCGAUCUUUGUAUCAAGUUUUGACUGUUUCGGAGGGAUAUAUCCAACUUGUAAUGGGACUUGGGCUUAUGAAGAGCUAUCUUGGAAAGUCUCGCUCAGACUUUGAAGAUUUAUCAAGCUUCUCCUUUUUUGUCUUACAGGGGAGGUCAAUUAGCGGUUGGGAAUUUCCUGAAAAUUGCCCAGAACACUUCUUGAUGUAACAGAGGAACAUCCUGCAAGUCUCAACCUGCAUAACUUCCUAGUUUUCGAGAAAUAAGGGCUGUAAGACUCGAAGUAGCCUAUUUUUAUGGAUUUUGAGGGUUUCCUUCGACUUUGAGGCGUCUCUUCCUGAAAACGAGAAAGUUGUGCAGUUUUAUGCCGUGUUCAAAGUAAUUUCCGCGAAAUGCGAAAUGGUCUCUGACCCUCCAAAAUUCAGUUAUCUUUCUCUUUCUCUGACGGCUAUUUUGAAUUUCGCGGAAUCACUUUGAACAGACUAUCAGAAUCUUCUGGUACAACAAGGAGAGUUAUGACCAAUUUUUAAGAAAAUCCCAACCGCUAAGUAAAAUGACCUAAUAGGUAAAAGAUAUCUUCGGCGAUUAAUCCCUGCUCAUGCUAAGUUCAUGCUUGCAGACGCCUGCCGCCUAUGGGAUCCGACCGGCAUUGUCACCGAAUCUGUGCUUCAUGCCAGCCGCCCUGAGUCCAUCCUUCAACAUGUUCAACCCUGCAAGUCCGCUCUACGGGGCCGCGUUUGCCAAGCAGGCGAUGGACUCCGUGCCACUGGCCCCAAACAUGCGUGGCCAUCCUCUCAACCCUGUAAGUGAACUCUUGCCAGUGGCUCAUACCGUGACACUCGCAGUUGCAGCUGAACCAGAUGCGGAUGCCCUUCAUGAACCCGAUGAUGGGGAACAACUCGCCCAAGGAGGACAAGCGUAUGAGCGGCGGCGGCAAGUCCAAGAAGGACGAUCACAUCAAGAAACCUCUCAACGCCUUCAUGUGGUUCAUGAAAGAGAACCGGCCGAAGCUCAUGGAGGAGCUCGGCAACAAGGAGAAACAGAGUGCCGAACUCAACAAAGAGCUUGGCAAGCGGUGGCAACACUUACCCAAAGAAGAGCAGCAAAGGUAAAUUUUUCUUGUUCACCGUCAGUUUUUCUCUCCGUUUUAGGUAUUUUGAAAUGGCCAAGAAAGACCGAGAAGAGCACAAGCAGAAGUAUCCGCAGUGGUCUGCGCGAGAAAAUUAUGCAGUCCACAAGAGGAAGAAGAAGCGACGGGACAAGAGUGUCGGUAGGUCUUUUUUUUGUCUCCUUUUCGAAUAUACUAUGAAAAAAUCCGAAUUUGAUUUUGAAGUCUGAGAGACUUGAUGAUUAUUGUGUUUUCGUCUACCGCUUUGCCUAGUAAUGUUUGAAGAUCGGCUAAUGACCGCUAAAGUGGCACCACUUGGCUAGCGGAUCGUGUGGCGGAAGUGUGCGAUACACGAUGUAUGAUAGCCGGCGCAUAAGCGGGACGUUGUUAGGCGUCGAGUGGGCUUUGCUUGGCGACAAGGAGUGGCUGUAGUCAGCUUCUUCUUCUUCUUCACCUUCCGACUCAUAUCAGCUCCCGUUGCACAGGCAUUAUAAGCGCUAAACAUUGGCGCUUCUGUUUGUGCAGAUAUACGGUAGCCGGCGAAUGAGCCGCGAAACAAGUGUCCUACUCGACUUGCGCAAACAAUCUGCACGUUGAAACGGCUCACUUUCGUUCUCAUUGAUAUACCGUACGCUUUGAAGGGGAUCAUACAGUAGAAUUUCGUUUCACUAGAUUUUUGGGGAAUCAAUUUCUUAUUUUUUGAUGUGUGUUCCUUUGACUAUUUUGAGAUGAGUACACCAGAAAAUAGAUUUUAGUUUUAUUUUGUCCACAUUCAGUCGAUAUUUUCAUCACUUCUCUCUGUACAAAAGAUAUUCUAUCAAUCGAAUACCUAAAGUGUUAGUAAAAUAACUUUUCAAUCUAUAGCUGUAGGAAAAAUCUUGUUCUCUUGGUUUUCACUUGACAAGAAAAUAAUCUAAUUUAAGUUUUCGAUUGUGAAAUUAGCAUAGUCUUUCUGAAAAGAGUCAAAUUUUAGUUCUAUCCAACUCCAAGAGCAAAAAAAACUUUCUCAGAGCCGAAACCUUCUGAGUAAGGUAAUCGAGGGUGAACGAAAAUCGUAGAACUAAGAAGGGAGACCAUUUCACUUUACGGUUGGGAUUUUCCUGUAAAUUGGCCAGAAGCCUUGUUUAACCAGAAGAAGAUUCUAGAAGUCUCAACUUGCCGAACUUGCUCGUUCUCGGAAAAGGACUCCCAAAGUCAAUGGAAACCCUCAAACCCCAUAAAAUAGACUAUUUUGAGACUUUAGGUCCGUAUUUCUCGAAAACUAAUAAGUUGUGUAGGUUUAGAGUCUCAGAACCUUAAUCUGGUUGAUCAGGAAGUAUUCUGGCCAAUUUCUCAUUAAAUUCCCAAUAUCAAAGUGAGUUGAUUCCGAUCUGUUAAAAGCGCGAAAGUUAAGACUCAAAAAAAUUGUAUAAAAAAAUUGUUUUUUUCAAGACAUAAAUCAUAUUUAAAAAUCUUUUGAAAAAAAUUACAUAAGUGUUUCAUUCAGAAAGCGGCGAAUCGAAAAAGUGUCGUGCGAGGUUCGGCGUGGACAACCAGGAGAAGUGGUGCAAGUUCUGCAAGAGGAAAAAGAAAUGCGAGUACUCAUCGGAUAGGAGCGUCGACGGCCUCUCCAUGGACUACAACGACCAAGGCAAGGAUCUAAAUACGUCGCUAGCUCUCAUCCAAGGCCUUCUAGCUUUCGACGCGAUGGCUGGCUCGAGUUCAACAGGACCCUCGCCACUGGCGUCGUCGGUCGGUCGGUCGCCGGUUGAUGCGAACGCAUCGGACAGCGAGUCUGACGUCGACGACGACGACGACGUCGACCCUACCUUCACCCAACAAAUGCAUGAAGUCGCCAUGCAGGAGGAGGCCAUCAUCUAG